AUGGAAUGGGGCGUCUGCUGUAUGAAAGCCGUCCGGGAGCAAUUCGACGAUGCUAAUCCCUUAUUGCCAUGGGGCGCUUGUGGAGUCAAUCCAGCCUUUGACUUCGAGAAGGCUGACUCGCCUAGCCCAUCAGUCAACGCGUCAUUGGGAUGGUGCAAGGAACACUGUCCUGGCUACCAAGCCAGUACCGCUAAACAAUGGCUUCAGCCUUUGGCCACUUGGGUCAUACCAGCCCUGACCCUCCUCAUUCUAUGCUCGGUGGGAGAAGACGGAAGAAGUAAGGACCAGAAAUGGCCCUUUUAUAGCCUAUGCUACCAGAUAAAGGAGUAUAUUGCCCUCCUCGGUGAUCCGUCUAGCGCCAUUUGUGGGGCGUUCGCAGAGCUUUGGAUGGAUGCUUUAAUGGUACGAGACUUAACAAAGGCGGACACAACGUCCGCGCGAGUUGUACUAGGCGUCGCCAUGAUAGCUAAUCAAACCGAGAUGUUCACCCGGGAUCCGGCCCUUAUAUUCAGACCUCAGUUGGAGGAAGAGAAGCAAGAUCUGGUCGAGGUCUCCAAAUCAAUCCCACAAAAAGAAGGAUCAGUCUUACGAGAGAGAGCAUCACACUCUGAAAGCCCAGCUGGCAAAGAAGAGCUACUUGACAGCGCUCAAACCCCCCUUGAUAAUCCUACAUUCAUCGCCAGCCUUGAAACGGGCAUCAAAACCCUUUUAAAGGCAAGGGCGGAUUUUAUCAACGGCGUGGGCGUGCCCGUUGUGCUGUUACUUGUUACCACCGGUUCCACCUUUCACGAUGCAUAUCUUCAGCUCGGUGAAAAUGACUCUGCACAUGGCCUUGCAUAUGGGAUCUGGUAUUCUUGGCUGAUCAUACUUGCAGUACUCAGCAACUCCUACAUUGCAAGUGUGAAUCCUGGCGUAGCGAAUGACGCCAUUGGAAAAUUGGUGGACUUGCAUCCUCGAACAGUUCCUCUCCGAGAAAGAGUAAGGACUUCCUACGAUUGGAAGCGGUGGGCAGACGCAACUGUGAAUCAGUCAUCGUCCCUCAAUUACACACACCGUCCUGCCUACUUCUACCUCGUGUACCUUCUCGGGCAAACGCUCGCAUGGGCUAUGGUAGCCUUUGUCUGCUCCUGUGCGGCCGCUAUCUCAUAUAGCACGCCUACCAUUGGGAUUGGAUGCAGGUCCUUCACUUUCAUGCUGUACGGUGCGCUAUCGUUCGUCCUCGCUUGGCUUAUGGUACUUCGAACCUGGAUCGCGUCGCGGCCUACGCAGGGUCGUACACAAAAGCCACUGACGGCGAAGGUUCUGCAAUACGUAUAUGCAACCACAACAAUCGUGAAUGCCUUCGUGCUCGUCUUCAGUACAAUCGCUCAAUUAGUCGGCCUAUUCCGAAGUUGUCUUUGUACUCACUUUGGAUCUUUGUCUGAUCCGAUAGAGCUGAGUACGGGUACUGAGCUGAGUAUCCAUAAAGCCAAGGUAACUUGGCUCCCGGUAGGCUUUGUGGCAUAUACAGGCGUCUGGAUUGUCUGCGUAAUCGCGGUGGGUUUCCGGAUGUUCAACAAUUAUCGCACGGAGAAGCUCAUGGGGUGA